AUGGCGGAGACCGCAGCCGAGCGCGCCGCCCAGGAGGCCCAGGAGCAGCGCGACCGGGAGGUGGCCGCCACUGCCCGCGCCAAGGCCCUCGACGAGUACGAGGCCAAGUACGCCGACGUCCACGCCGCCGCCAUUGCUGUCCUCAACAUCAAGGUGCUCGUGCCCGUCGUCCUGGAUCGCGUCGCCAACAACUACACCCGGUGGCGCGCCCUCUUUCUCGUCGUCUUGGGCAAAUAUGCCCUCACCGAUCACGUCCUCACCGAUGUGGUCAACGAUGAUCGCCCGGCGUGGCUGCAGAUGAACUGCACCGUCCUCACGUGGAUCUACGGCACCAUCAACCCCGACCUGCAGCAGUCCACAAUGUUGAAAGAGCCCACCGCGCGGGUCGCAUGGAUACAUCUGGAGGGCGAGUUCCUCGGGCAGCGCGAGUCGCGCGCCCUCUUGCUGUCCGCCGAGUUCCGCACCGUCAAACAAGGCUCAUCCUCCAUCACGGACUUCUGCCGACGCCUCGAGACGAUGGCCGCCUCUCUUCGCGAGUUUGGCGACCCCGUUAGCGACCGCACCCUCGUCCUCACCCUGCUGCGCGGCCUCAGCGAGAAGUUCCGCCCCAUGGUGACGAACAUCAAGCUGCGACAGCCGUUCCCCAGCUUCUCGGAGGCGAGAACACUGCUGCUCCUCGAGGAAAUCGACCUCAACGACUUCGCCGGCGACGCCGGCACGUCCUUCAGCAGCACCACGCCGGCCGCGGGCGCACCGGCGCUCCUUGCGGCCACGGGCUCCACCAACACCACAUGGCGCCCCCCUGCCGGCGGCCCUGCUCCUCCUGGCCGCAACCAGGGCGGCGCGCCCACCGGCCAAGGCAACGGCAACCAGGGCGGCCGCUCCGGACGCCGUCGCGGACGCAACAAGCAGCAGCAGCAGGGCGGACAGCAGCAGCAGCAGGCGCCGCACGGGCAACACCAGCGCCCGCCGGCGCAGUACCAGCCCUGGGCGUACUGGCCACCGCCCGCUCCGGGGCCGAUGUACAGACCGCCUGCUGCAGGGUACAUGGCCGUGCAGCAACAGCAGCAGCAGGCGCUGCACGGCUACCAGGCCGCUCCGCCCGGCUUCGGCCUGUCACCAGGCUUCGGCGCACCAUCCGGCUACGGCUACGGGGCACCUGGCUACCACGUCGCCCCGCCGCCACCACAGCAGCAGCAGCCAUGGACGCCCAUGCAUGGAGGCAGCUUCGACACGUCCUCGCUCGCCAGCAACUUUAGCACCAUGACGCUCUCCCCUCCCGGCAUGGGCGAAUGGUAUGCUGACUCGGGCGCUGGCUCCCACAUGGUCAACAACGCUGGUAUACUCACCACCUCUCACCCUCCCUCGUCAUCGCAUCCUUCAUCUAUCAUUGUUGGUGAUGGGAACUUACUUCCCGUUACUUCCGUUGGAUCACACUCUUUUUCGAACACUGGGCGUCCUCUAGUUCUUUCUAAUGUUUUAGUUUCUCCAAACAUUAUUAAGAAUCUGAUUUCAGUUCGCCGUUUUACUUCUGAUAAUAAUUGUUCCAUUGAGUUUGAUCCCUUCGGCCUUUCUGUGAAGGAUCUUCAGACACGGAGCGUGAUCGCCAGGUGCAAUAGCACGGGCGACCUUUACCCGUUCUUCACGCCAUCCAGCACCACUGCCCUCACUGCUGCUGCAUCUUCCACCACUCUAUGGCAUCGUCGUCUCGGUCAUAUCGGUUAUGAGGCUUUAUCCACGCUCAUUAGUUCCAAUGCUAUUCCAUGUAAUAAGCGCCAUGAUACUCAUAUUUGCCACGCUUGUCAGCUUGGUCGCCAUGUGCGCCUUCCUUUUAGCAUGUCAAACUCUCAUGCCUCGCACGCCUUUGAUUUAAUACAUUGUGAUCUUUGGACAUCCCCAGUUGUUAGUGUGUCUGGCUACAAAUAUUAUCUUGUUAUUUUAGAUGACUGCACACACUACACUUGGACGUUUCCUUUACGCCUCAAAUCCGACACGUUUGGUGCCAUUACUCACUUUUUUUCCUACGUGCGUACGCAGUUCGGCUCCUCCAUCAAGGCAGUCCAGUGCGACAACGGCCGUGAAUUCGACCAUUCUUCGGCCCGCACGUUCUUCCUCACUCAUGGAGUCGUUCUUCGCAUGUCCUGCCCUUACACUUCACAGCAAAAUGGGCGGGCCGAGCGCAUUCUUCGCACUAUAAAUAAUAUUGUGCGCUCCAUUCUUUUUCAGGCUAGUCUUCCUCCCGUUUAUUGGGCUGACUCCUUGCACACUGCAACAUAUCUUCUCAAUCGUCACCCCACUAAAACCCUCGACGGCCUCACUCCUUUCUUUUCCCUAUAUGGCACGCAACCUACCUCCACAUAA